CAUGGCUUCCGCACCCAAGCUCACGCCCGCCGAGUACGAUGCGCUCUCGCCCGCCGAGCGCAGCACCCACGACGCCGCCGCCGCGGCGCAGCAGGCCGCCGAGCAGGGCGCGCUGCCGUACGCCUGGACGCAGGCGCUGGACCACGUCGCCCUCUCGCUGCCCGUGCCCGCCGGCACGCGGGCGCGCGACCUCGCCGUGCGCCUGCAGCGGCGCAAGAUCAGCAUCGGGCUGAGGGGCGCGCCGCCGCUCAUCGAGGGCGAGCUGUUCAAGGAGAUCCGCGAGGACGAGAGCACGUGGUCCGUCGAGGACAACAAGCUCGUCGAGGUGCACCUCGAAAAGUCGGCGCAGGACCAGUGGUGGCCGCACGUCGUCACCUCGGCGCCCAAGAUCGACACGACCAAGCUCGUGCCCGAGAACUCGAAGCUCAGCGACCUCGACGGCGAGACGCGGGCGAUGGUGGAGAAGAUGAUGUUCGACAACCGCCAGAAGGCCAUGGGCAAGCCCACGUCCGACCAGAUGAAGCAGAACGAGGCGCUGGAGAAGUUCAAGCAGCAGCACCCCGAGAUGGACCUCAGCAACGCCUCGGUCAACUUUGGCUAGGCGCAAUGCAAGUCAUCAAAAGCAUGG